AUGAAGAACACUCCGAAUCUAAAAUUCCGAAGCAAAACAGUAAAAUGCCUGGCGUCAUUACACCACGCGCUAACGUGCAUGUGCCACUGGACUGGAACCACACUCUAUUCGUUCCUCCGGGCUCUCCUUCUUCGUGUGGAUCCUUUUUGGCUGCAACUCUGUUACUUUGUUACAUUAUUCAUGUUAGGGUACAUGUCUUUAUCCAUCUUGGAGCCUCGGAGUCCUAUGAAUCGCCCAAAAAGCUAUGAUCUUCUUUUCACAGCUGUCUCAGCUGUCACUGUAUCUAGCAUGGCUACAGUUGAGAUGGAGAUAUUUAAGUUGUCAGAAAGGAAGUCAGCAAGCUCUCCUUCCUCAAACAUGAAUGUAGAGAACGGAUUGAUGUCUACAAAUAGCAACAUCGACUUGAAGUACAAAUCAAUGAAGUUUUUAGGGAUUACUGUGCUAUGUUACUUCUUUACAGUGCAAGUAAUUGGAUAUCUUCUAGUUUCUCUGUAUGUGGGUCUUGUUGUAUCCAUAAAAGAAGUGUUGAUGAACAAAAAGCUUAACCUACAAGUAUUCUCAAUUGUUACCACAAUCUCUACCUUCACCAACUGCGGAUUUCUCCCAACAAAUGAAAACAUGAUGGUUUUCAAGAAUAAUCAAGGCCUGCAAGUGAUUCUAAUCCCACUCGUUCUUCUUGGAAACACAUUGUACCCGGUGUUCCUCCGGCUUGUACUAUUACUUCUUGGUAAAAUAAGUGUUAGAGAGGAGAUAAAGUAUGUUUUAGAAAAUGAAGAUGAGUUACGUUAUCCGCAUUUGUUAUCAGGGGUAGAUUCGUGGUAUCUUUCGCUAACAUCUGUUGGAUUCACAUUGAUUCAGUUUGUGCUUUUGAUGUCUAUUGGGUGGAAAUCUCAAGCCAUGCAUGGUUUAAAUACUUCAGAGAAAGUAGUGGGUUCCUUGUUUCAAGUUACGAAUACCAGACAUACCGGUGAAUCAGUCUUUGAUCUUUCCCUCGUCUCUCCAGCAAUCAUUGUCUUGAUUGUUACCAUGAUGUAA